CAGUAUCCCACCGAUCUCUGUUGUAAUACGAUCCCGGAGCGGCGGUUUCCGGUAAGUCCGGGCGCGUCGCGACGCGGUUUUUACGUAAAAUUAAGCGCAUCACCUCAAUUUUUUUUUUUUAGUGAUGUGAGAGAUUUUUUUGUACAAAUAAUGUGUAGCGUAUGAUUAAAAAGUGCUUUUUAAUAAUGACGCAGCCUUAUUAAAAUAUUUACAUUGCUUCAUGAAAUAUUUUAAAGGGCGUAAAUAGAAAAUAAAUGGAUUAUAGAAUAGACAGGACAUUUACCAAGUAAAGUGCCAGAUGUUUUCAAACUAGUGAGAAAGACCAGGAAGCACCAUGUCUGCAGGCUCUGCUGUGGCCAUGAUAGGCGCCAACCUGCGUUUCGGGAGCAGUAGCGCGAACAUCACCUCCAACGUGACUAAAGUGUUUCAAUGCCACCCGGGGGGCACAGCCGAGGCCGUCCUUAUCUUUGCCCUAGGAACUAUGGGGAUGGCGGCCAAUCUGGCCCUUAUGGGAAUCAUUCUCUCGAAUAGGCAACUUAGACGGUGGUCCCAGGGUCUUCUAUUUCAUCAAGGAGCAGUAGACUGCGCGCGAGCAGCCCUUCUACUUCCUUUGGCCACCUCUAUCCUUCACUGCCAACCAGUUCACAAGUGUUCACUAGUAGAAACCGCAUUUUUACUGCUCGUUACUGUGGCCACAGUGAAUAUGCUUACGACGGUACUAAGCGACUCGCCGGUCUUUCCAGACGACGAGGAUGCAGAUCGGAUGAUCUCGGAGGCCCCUCUACUGAUGGAUUCGCCCCAGUGCGUCCUAUUUGGUACCUCGAUGAUUUGGUUUGCUUCGAUCACCAUUAAUUUGGGACCCACGUUUUUAUCGGGUGCUUUGGCCGCCCAGGGUGAAGCCGGUCAUAAACAUCCCUCCUGUCCAUUAAUAUAUGGUCCAUUAAGGCACUAUAUCCUAAACGCUUUGUGGAUUGCAGUUAAUUUAGUGUGCGUAUCAUUGACUUUGUUUCAUUUGCGAAAGUUGCAUAGAGAUUUGACGAAAGCUAACGUGGAGGCUGUCAGGGUGGCCGGAUUAGUUACUACGCUAGUAAAUGUCACUGGAGGUGCUAACCACAUGAAUUCGACCAAUCAUUUAGCAAGUAGUGGAGCAGUAGAGGAACAAAGACGGAUGCGCGAUUACCUGAGAAAAAUGGAACACGAUGGUGUUCAAAGGGUGAAAAUGUUUCUAGUGAUAACAGCGGCCUACGUGCUCUUUUGGGGUCCUUUGUUCCUCGUCACCCUGAUUAACCAUCCCAUUGUCGGAAGUAAUCCAUUAGGCCACGAGAUCACCCUACACAUAUCCUACGUGCACGCCAUAGUAAACCCCACCCUAUUCCUGGUUCUCCACCGCGGAUUGAGGAAAGCCGCCCUGGACGCAUGUUGUGGAUGGGUUCCGGCAUGGGCAGGUCCGCCACCUGUUCCCACGCCGCCCGAUCCGCCCCGUUUGCCACCCAACGUGCCAGAAAUCGCCUGCCUAAAGCCGCCCAUGCCCACCCAUCCCGAUAGCGCAAUGGGAAACACCGAUUUGAGUCUUUGGUCACCGGACAGCACGACAGAUCCGGUAUUGCCCAUAGACCCUUUGAAUGGAGGUAUCGAAAUACCAAGAUUUUCCAGCCCCGACCUGGAUUGUAGGCCGCCCUUAGGGGUGAUCGAGUAUGAAAGGCAAAGGUUUGACAGCGACUGGAAUCGGUCCACCAGAAUAUAAAGGACAUAGUAUACAGUUUUUUAAUUAAUUAAUUUUCUUUUAAUUAAACUGUAUAAAAUAUACUCCAUUAGGUUUAGAUCGAAUGUUAUUAGGUAUUAUAAUAUACAUUAUCAUGUAUGUAGAGUAGAACAACUAUUAAAAAUAUUAUUCUGGUGGGUGUAGGAAUGAACUAGGAUCGAUUCUGGGGGCUGGGUUCCGCUUAAGAAAUAUUUUUGACCUAAAAUCAAAAAUACUCCGUUAGGUAUACAAAUUAAUUACCUUAUGUAGAGCAAGGAAUUGAUUAAAAUUUUAGACUACUAAAAAAUAUAUCAGUAUUAAAUAUAAAAUAAACACACUGACGCGUGAAGAAUUUAAAACACUUCCAUAUUUUAAUAUUAUAAUUCUGUGAUCUUUGAAUGAAAUAUUGCAAAGCAUAUGUCAUUUAUAUUACAUUCGUUUUCCUUAAAACACAUUUUAAAAAUGCUAACUAUACCUAGAGAAGUACUAGUGAAAAUAGAUACCACUUAAUAUGUGCCUAAAAAGAAGAAACUAACAAAAACAUAUAUUAUUGU